AUGGCUGCUGAAGUGGUGAACCUCGAGCGUUCUGUCGUCAUCACUGGCGACCAUGAUGAUUUCGAAGCGACGGCCAAAGGCCUCCACACGAUCAGCGCGCACGGCGGCGUCAUGGACCUGCGCUUUGCGCGGGUGGAGUACUGCGGCCAGCGUAACUUCAUGGGAAAGUACUGCCUUCACUUCCACCACGCCGGGCAAUGCCCGGACUGCACCUUCAAGGGCAACGCGGUGUACCAGUCGGCGCAGAUUGGAAUCACGAUCCACGGCACCCACCGCUCCCUUGUGGAGGGCAAUGUCAUGUGGGACACGUCUUCUGCAGGUGUGUACGUGGAGGAUGGCAAUGAGAUGUUCAACACAAUCAGCAACAACGUCAUCAUCUGCUCUCAGCACCAGAAGUGCUCGACGCCAUGGGAUGUACAACUGAACAAUGCUGCGGGAAUCUACAUGAUCGGGAUGACGAAUAACCUCAUCGAGAACCGCGUGGUCGGCUUCGAGAACUGCCGCUCGUCCAGAGAGCAUCAGUGA